UCGUUUGGAGCACUUCACUCGACCCCUUUCCUUGGCGCUCCCCUCCCCCAGUCACUUUCCCCGUUCGCCCGGGUCGCUGCUGCCGCCGCCGCCGCUGCUGAUUCGGGAGGCGGAGGAGGAAGAGGACGCAGUUCCAGCGACUUUGGAAGCACCAGGCGCAGGCUGCAUUGAUUGAUUGACACCUCCCCGCCCCAGUUUUGCGGUGUCCCUCCCGCGCAAAGAGGCUCUCUCUUGGAGUUGUUUCAGCGACUGAGCUGUGGACAUCGGGACGAAAAGGGGGAAACUGACACCCCACUCCUCCCCCCAAAAGGAAAAGAAAAACAAUCCAAUUUUUGGAUUUUCCUCGAAAAGCAUCCCAAAGGAGGAAAAGAUCCCAAAGCAAAGGUUGCGGGGUCUUCCCUAUUUUCCGUCCUCCCCGCUCCAUUCCCCAAUCCCCGAAGGAAAAAAAAAAUCCCUGGGAGAUGGUGACAUAUGAAGCGAGCCGGGAGGACCAUGGUUGAGAGGACCAGCAAGUUCUUGCUGAUCGUGGCCGGCUCGGUGUGCUUCAUGCUGAUCUUGUACCAGUAUGUGGGGCCGGGACUGAGUCUAGGGGCACCCAGCGGCCGCGCCCUGGCCGAUGACCUGGACCUCUUCCCUACGCCUGACCCGCACUACGUGAAGAAGUAUUACUUCCCCGUGCGCGAGCUGGAGCGAGCGCUCACCUUCGACAUGAAGGGCGACGACGUGAUCGUGUUUCUGCACAUCCAGAAGACGGGCGGCACCACCUUCGGCCGCCACCUGGUGCAGAACGUGCGCCUCGAGGUGCCCUGCGACUGCCGGCCGGGCCAGAAGAAGUGCACCUGCUACCGGCCCAACCGCAGGGAGACCUGGCUCUUCUCCCGAUUCUCCACCGGCUGGAGCUGCGGGCUGCAUGCCGACUGGACCGAGCUUACCAAUUGCGUUCCCGGAGUGCUGGACAAGCGGGAGAACGCGGCCCUCAAGACGCCAAGGAAGUUCUACUACAUCACGCUGCUGAGGGACCCCGUGUCCCGCUACCUCAGCGAGUGGCGGCACGUUCAGCGCGGGGCCACCUGGAAAACCUCGCUGCACAUGUGCGAUGGGCGGACCCCCACACCUGAGGAGCUGCCCCCGUGUUACGAAGGCACGGACUGGUCGGGCUGCACACUGCAGGAGUUCAUGGACUGCCCCUACAACCUGGCCAACAACCGCCAGGUACGGAUGCUGGCUGACCUGAGCCUGGUAGGCUGCUACAAUAUGUCCUUCAUCCCUGAAAACAAGCGGGCGCAAGUCCUUCUGGAGAGCGCCAAGAAGAAUCUCCGGGACAUGGCCUUCUUCGGCCUGACGGAGUUCCAGAGGAAGACCCAGUACCUGUUUGAAAGGACUUUCAACCUGAAGUUCAUCCGGCCCUUCAUGCAGUACAACAGCACCCGGGCCGGCGGCGUGGAGGCGGACGGAGAGACCAUCCGGAGGAUCGAGGAGCUGAAUGACCUGGAUGUGCAGCUCUAUGACUACGCCAAGGACCUCUUCCAGCAACGGUACCAGUACAAGCGGCAGCUGGAGAGGAUGGAGCAGAGGAUCAAAAACCGGGAGGAAAGACUUCUCCACCGGUCCAACGAGGCCCUUCCCAAGGAAGAGGCAGAGGAGCAGGGACGCUUGCCCACUGAAGACUACAUGAGCCAUAUUAUAGAGAAGUGGUAGCCCAGGGGAGCCUUUUCUACUUGACAGCACCCAAGAAUUCUCAUGGGGGGGAGGGAAGGGGGAUCAUAUGGUUGGAUGACAGAAACCCACAAAACUUUAUUUAAAAAAAUCUCAAGUCUGUUUAACAGAAGGUAGAUGUGUCUGAAAAAUACACAAGUUGGGGGAGGGCGGGGGGGGAGGAAGGGAGUGGGGAAGUGUGGCUUUUUACUGUUUCUACAAGGCCAGACGUUCUUUAAAAAUAAAUAAAGGAAAAUUUUAAAUGGGUCACGGCCAACUUGUACUUAACACAGAACCACCAGUCAGCUCCCCCAGCCUGAGGUCCAGGACUACCCGAAUGGUUUGUGCCCCAAGCUCAGAAGAGGGUCACAUUCCUUUGCAUCUGUGCCCUGAGCUUCCAGGCCAGUGGGAGAGAAGGCAGAAAAGAAAAAUAAAGUUGAGGGGAUUGGAUGGCUUAGCUAUCGGUCCACUACUACAGAAAGCAGCAGCAGUGCUUGUGUUCUUUUAGCCACAAAGGAAAACAAAACAAAAUAAAACAAAGACAAUUAAGGGAGAGCUUUAAGCACAAGGGGAAAUACAGGGGAUUUUGAAGCCAUCUAGGAUACACCACAUGCUAGGGGACCCUGAUCACUUCACCCACUAAGAGGUCAUCUUCAGAGUACAGGAAAGAGAAACCAAAUCAGAUUCCAUAUAGAACUGGCGGUAUUUAUGUGCACACACAUACAUACAUCAUCCCUUCCCUUUUUUAGGUACAGUCCAUAUAGCCUUAAAAAAGGUUGAAACACCUAUAUUUUGUUUUGAUUUGAUUGAAUACAUCAGGCAUCUUCCCAUGGGACAUAAAUAAGGGCCAUCUCACCCAAAGCCUGAAAGAGAUUAUCUGGUCCCAGGCCUUUAUAACCAUGAGCAUCUCAAACAUUUAUGAGAACAGCUAUCUUUAGUCAGGAAAGUACAAUUACUUCUUUUGAAUUACUUUAAGAAGUUGUAUAGUUUUUUUUUUCCCUGAAGUCUCUCUCCUUUUAGUCCAUUCCUAGCUUUCAAAAUGUAUCUGAAGAUUAAAAAACAGCUUCUUUAUUUAGAGAAUAACACAACAGCAAAAACACAGGAAGAAGGAAAAUGACAAACAUUGGGCCUUUGGCUCUAGUCCUGCUGGCCCAAAAUGUCAUUUCAAAUCACUUUUCCCCCCAAGGAGGAGUAGGAUUUCAUUCUCCUGCUUGAUAUCAGAAUCUCCGACUGGAGUUGAUGCCUCUCAAUAGGGGACCAGCAAUAAAUUCCUGCCCAUUUCCAGCUAUCUUAUUUCACAUUAUACAAACCACUUGGAUAUCUUUGCUGUUCUACUCAGCACUUAUGUAUUGAGAUGGAAAUUAUUUGGGGGAAAGGGGUAAUUUAAGUAUUAGACUUUAUUAAUCACCCCCUGGAACUGAACUGUUUUAGAGAAUAGACUAUGAUUAGAGGAAGGGAGUUGUAUGUUCCAAUGCUGUGAGUAUGUCUGUAAUAUAGGAAGGAAAGGGGCUCUGGGAAUUGGGCCCAUGAGGUAAAUUUUACCCAACAGCUUCCACCCCUCCAAAGCCAGCCAGCCAGCACCAUGUCCUACUUUUACAUCACUGCUUUUCUCCUUGGAAUCUAUGGCUUCAGGGGGUCUCAUCAGAUGGUAUCCUACUGGCUUAAAUGGGAUCUCCAGUAACGUGCAACGAAUUGGCCAUUGGAAAUGUUACUGCCUGAAUGGAGGGGACAGAGCAGGAAUGAGACUGAUAUCCUGUCCAGGAUGAAAGCAUCCCCUGAUUGUGCCUAAUACUCAGGAAAAGACUUCCCUCAUGCUUGGAGAUCUGCUAAAGGAUUUAGGAUACACCCAAGCCUCAAAAUCCACUUAUUUUCACACUGCUUAUUUGUCUUAUGGACUCCAUAGAUAAAUGGAAUGAAACCUCAGUUGACAAAAAUAGAAAAUGUCUAAAACAUCAGUUAAUUACAACUCAGAUAUAGGAUCCUCAACCAACCAGAAUUCUUUUGUGAGAUGAGGAAGAAGGGAAGAGCAGACGCUUUUCUAUUUGAGAUGAAAGAAAUCCAAACCACAAAGAAAAAUGCUGGUGGGAAAGCCUUAGUCAAGAAAAUAAUUUCCAAGAGCUGUCCCUAGCACAUUCUAAAUUCAGCCCAAUUCCCUACACCUUAGACAAGAAGCAAUUAAUUAAGAAUGGAUGUUCAGGACAAUAUCCUUGAGGCCUACAAAACCCUCAGUCAGGAAAGAAGGAUUCCAUUAAGUUGCCCACACACCUCUGAAUGAGGCAGGAAAAGGAGGGGACUCUAGUACUUUAGAAAGUGUUUCAGCUACAGAGGUUGGCACUCAAAGGGGGAUUAUGGCUAACUCUUGUUGCUCUGAAGCUCAACUAACCAGAAACUCCCUGCCUGUUUUAAGGGCAGUCCUCCAGUGAACAUUUGUUAAAGCACCUCACUUACAGAUUCCAGUGUGAUCCUUUGGCCCCUUGGUGUGAGUCUUUGCUUUUUAACGAAUACUAUUUUUGAGCCACUUUUCCCUUCCAUUAAACCUUUUCAUAGUUGUCCCCAACCCCUUUCCAGUCCACCAGCUAAACCCCCAAGGCAGAGUUAACUAUGGAAAGCCUUUCCCCUCCCUAUUGUUCUCUUCCUUCAUCCUUCCUGCUUCCUUUCGCUUUUUUCUCUCUGCUUCCUCUCUCCCUCUUUUCCUCUUUCUUUCUUUCCCCUCAUCCCAAACUUGCCUUUGUUCCUCUUCCUCUCUUUUUCACUUCUUUCCCACUCCAUCAUUCUUUCCCCUUCUUCUUUCCUCCUGUGGCCAUUCUUCCACUUUCUUUUAUCUCCCUCUGCCCAGAUUUCCUGGCCCCGGUCCCCUCUCUGAUCACAUUAUAAAGUGAAGAAGCGUUGGAAAGAAAGGACUGCUGAAGAGAAGGGAUUCUCAGUCCUGGGGUGUUCCAGGAUGGUCUCAUUAAACGAUACCCCAGUUCUUUGGAAUAGCACAGUGUCAGAAUAAAAAACCCGGUUUUCCCCUCUCCUCACACCCCGGGAAGAUUGAUUAAGCAGUCUAUUGCAAUCGGAAAUUAACUCAAGCGAUGUCUUCUCCCCUCCCUCAGCCUAAGAUACCUCGAUUUUCUAACAGAACCGACCCUUGGACACCCUAACCCUUCCACCGAAUGAUUCAUGAUUCGGAAACGCCGCGGGGAGGAAUCCCUGCGCCCUUCUCUCUGCAAAAGCUUCCAGACAAGGCUCGGGACGUAUCCCCGCCCUCUGGGCAAUGCAGACAGGCUCUUCUCCCCGUUUCUCCUGGAAGCCCGGCAGAGUUUCCCGAGCAGGUUGUGACAACAUUCUGUGGAGUGGAAUAAAAAUACUAUCGCUAUAUUUAGCUAUUGCAGGUGCUUUCACAUCUAUUAAACGAUCCUCGUGACACUCCUGUGAAGUCGAUAUUUUUACUUCUUUUGAGAGAUGGUACAAUCGAGGGGGGGCUGGACAGGUUUAAGUGAUUGGCUCCGAGACUACCCCCCAAGGGACUCCGACGCAAGCUUCUGUCUCCAGGCAGCGGCAGGAAGGACCUUUCUUUGCCAGACUUUCACUAGGAUACCUGAAUUUUUUAAAUGACUGCUGAGAAGAGGGAGGCUUUACCCCCCGGUUUGAUUUCUUGCUUUAGCACAGCAUGUCCUGGUAGCAGGGCUUUAUCUCCUUGUACACAGAGGACUGGAGAGGAAUCAAGCACCAGAUGGGAUGGGCUGCUAGCUUGUACGCCGUGGCGGAGAGCAGUCAGCUCGUUGGGAAGCUUGCCUUCCCAGCCCGGUCGAAAAGGCACAUCUGAGUCUGUUCCACGGAGAUGACUGGGUGGGAGCCGGUUAAGAGUCUGGGGGUGCAGAUUGUGGGCUUGGGGGCACAUGUCACCUGCAAGAAAUUAAGGUGAUUCUGUGGGUGAGCUGUCCAGUGGCGAACCAAUAAUCAGUGGUGAGCUUUGGAAAUCUUAAUGGAGAAUUUCUCUAAUCAAAGUGAUCAGCAGUGGAUUGGAAGAGUGACGGGACCUCUCACCCAGGCUCGGGUGGGUUUGUAGAGCCCACUCCUGUUUCCCUGGGGCUAGUCCCACAUUCAGGAAGGAACUUUUCUCCUGCCAAGUGCAGAGCACGGCGGCCAAGGGUGCCCCGCGUCCCCCUCUUGCCAUUCGCUUUGCCCCAAGCCUGGCUCCCCCUCCAACGACUGAAUCGAGAGACCUGCCCUCUGGAAGGCUGAUCUUUGAGAACGGUGCUGGGAGCACGUGAUUUGUUUUGUACAUAUUGAAAUAUGUUUUAACUUAUUUUUAACUGUCCCAACUCCCCUCACACGAUGAUUUUCUGCUUCUUCAUCCGCGUUUGGGAUUUUUUUAAAAGCUCUCUCCUUUCAGUCACCAAGACUUCUUCGGGUGCCCGUGAGGCAGAGCGAACCCGCAGCUGCUAAUGACCGCCCUCGAGUUUUCAGUUCAUACUGUUGGCUUUUGAUUGAAGCACUCUUGUACUUCCUUUCAUUUCAGCAUCGUCUUGGAAACAUAAGGGAUGAUCCAACAGAGAAGGGGAAUCCCCCUCACAGUUCAGUUCCUCUUUCUGAUGACUUUAUCUGCCAGGGAACUCGUGGGAAGAGGGGGUUGCUGAGGGCGCAAACUCAAAAAUCCAGUAAGUUAAAAAAAAUCAGUCCCUGGCCCAUCAGUCUAGACCGAGCAGAUCCAACUGCUCCCCUGGAGCUAAGAAAAAGGAAAGCCAGGGUUUUCUGAGCAACGAGACUGUGACAUUUUCAGUUUAACUUGAGCCCAGUAACAUUUAAAGCUUUUAUUUAUUUAUAGCUUCUUAACAAAAAAAUUUUAAAAAGAAAGAAAGAAAGAAAGAAAAAGUUGUGUUCAUUGAGAAAGAAUUGUUUGGUUAUUCACGUAAGAAAAUGAUUCAACAAAAAAAAAAUCUAAUUGUUUUUGUCUAGGUCAAGAAUGAAUGUUAGCAAAUGAAAUAAAUCUUUAAAUUGAGACCUAA